ACUUCAUAAGUACUUGACAAACCAUAACAAAAUUUAAUCAUAGUAUUUAUUAUUUUCCCACUUUUUCAAGCUAGGAAGAUAUAUUUCAAAUUUGAAAAAUAAAACGAAAAUCAGCCAAACCGGCGGUUCGGGUCAGCCGGUUUUCACGGUUAACCGGGCGAACCGGUUACAACCCGGCGGGCCAUUUUCUGUAUCGUUUUUGCACUAUCGGGACCGGGGAUAUGGCCGGGUCCGGUUUUUUCCGGUCGGACCGGCCGGUCCGGUCCGGUUUUGAUAACAGUGGUAAAAUCCGAACUCGAAUUUUUUUUAAUGAGUAUAGAUAAAAUCCGAACUCGAAUAUUUUGAGUGACGGGUGGGCAUGAUUUUCUGACUGUUCAACCUGAAUCUGCUCGAUUAUACACAUGCACAUUUUUCUUAAAAAGAAUUUUUUUUCUCAACAUAUUAUAUAUUUAUUAUACAUGGAUAAUAUUUUCAUGAAAUUAUUUGUUAGCUAAUUUCCUUCAUUUUAGUAAUUUAUUGUUUUAAUUUUUCCCUUAUGUAAUCUCAAUUUGUGUGAAAUUCUUAACAUGUUAAUUGAAAUUAUAAAGAGAAACUAUUAGCAAUGAUUAAUCGUGAAUACCCGAAACUCGAUCAAAUAUGAAUAAAAAUACGAACUAUUAUGAGUAGGCUAAUAGCUAUGCAUUAUCCGGGGCCCGACCUGACCCAUUUCGCUCCUAGAUUUCCCAGUCUUAAUUUUGGAAAACAGGUUGCUACACAACUAUCUAACCCCAUCACCAUUCUUUCUCGAUUUGAGGGAAGUAGAUAGAUAGACUAUAAAAGAUUAAGAGAAGAAGCAAGAGGAAAACCCAAAGCUCAUGAUCUACGAAUUUGAAAACGGGGUCAGAAAACCCUUUUCCAUUUUGUGUCAUCGUUAUUAUUUCCUAACACAUCAUCCCCAAAUUUCGCCGUUACAUCUCUAGAGCUCAAGAUAUAAGGUUAGAAAAUUGGGGAUUAGGGUUGGCAGAUUGUGGAUGCAGAUCUACCAGUCAUCAAUCCAAGUACAACCCCUCCUUAUGUUUGUUGUCUCUAGAGGUAGUGUUCCUACCCACCCCAGUUGUCCAUAAUCUCCCUGAAAAUUUCCCCUUCAUGAUUUGUUUUCCUUAAUCACAUGGAAUGCAGCAAAUCGCAAUUCCUUUCCAAUUUAUAAAUGAAAUCGAAAAACCUAAUCCCUUACUAAUUCGCCAAGGAUUCGAUAACUUACUCCUGAACAAACAAUCAUAGACACAAAUAUACAAUAUGAUUCCUAAGCAAUAACUAAAACUCACUAAACAAAUAAUUGAACACUAAUAUUCCAAAAAUAAAAAAAAAUAUAUUAAAAAAAACCAAUCCUCCAAUAAUAUAUAGUAGAGUUUUGUCUACUUUUCUCCAUUUCAAAUUUUCUGCAACGAGAGUGAAAGUAGGAAGGGUAUUUUUGUCUUUACAAUUAAUUAUUUAUUUCAUAUAAAAAAUGUCAAUAUCAGGAUUUGAACCCGGGUCUCUUCUAAUAAAGACUACAAUCACAACCAAUUACACUAAACAAAUUUGUUAUGUCCUUUUUAAUACAAAACAUACAUGAAGUGACACUCUGAAAAUCGGUGGACUAUUCCAUCAUGAAUAGCAAGCCCACUAAGUCUAUAGUAUGUAUUUUUAUGGUGCUUGAAGUUGAUACUGCAAUUUUCAUAGCAGAGUUUCAUGUAUUUUUAUUGAAGAGACUAAUUCUAUUACUACAUGUUGUUUUCUUGCAUUAUUCAAUUUAUAUUUAAAUUUAGUACUUUUUUAUCUUUGCUCUUAACUCUUUCUAACUUCCUCUGAAAUUUUCUCCAUCGUGCAAUAGUUUGCUCCCCUUUCACUUUACAAAUCUGCCUUUGAAAAUCAAUCUUCCGGUAUCUCUUGGCACUACGAUUUUAUUGUUGGGGAUUUAAACUGGGCAAGUAGAAGAUUUCAAAUUCGAUAUCAAUCCAUGGCGAAUAGAAUGGAGUUCAAUAAAUGGAGUUGCAAAAGGAGGAUUAGAAAUUGAAUUUUUGGUUGAAACAUACGCCUCUGGAGGUUGAAGAUAAAGUUGAUAAAAAUUUGAUUGUACAACUAAGGGUGGUGGCUAUUAGAUCUUUAGUUCUAUGGUUUUUGAAGAUAUCACAACUUAUUUCUAUCUUAAAAGACGAAUCAUUAAUUUAUUUACUGAAGUAGGUCGGUCGAUUCUUUAUUCAACCUACUGUGACUGAUAGAUGAGGAGUGUCUAAUUUUGUUCCUUAUACUUUGAUAGAGUCUAUUAGUAUAUUGGAGGUAACCCUAUUUUUGGCGUUUGCUCUCAAGUUUUUAUGGUCCCCUCUUAGCUGAAUUGUUAGUAUAUAGUUGACUUGAAUCAACAACUUUCCGUUUCUUUUUUAUUAGUGGAAUAUUGUUCAUAAAAUGAGAGCAUUGAACCUUUAUGUAGGAAUGCCAAGUUUAAGAUUUAGUUUCAAACUAUCUAUGGUUUGUGUGGGAAUUUCAGUGAGCUUUUCUACUCUAUCUUUCUUGACAAAUGACAAUCAAUUAACCAAUAGCAUUUUACCAGGGACUUAAUUAUCAUUAUGAAAAUGAGAUCAAUGAUACAUUUUUUAUAUUUUAUACUCUUAAAUGAUGAUGAAAUUUCUCCAAAUAUUUUACCUAUAUAUUCUUUCUUUAUGUAUCAUCUCGAUCGAAAGAUUGUCAAUAAAAUUAAAUGGGUUGAUAGAUAUAAAUAUAACAUAAAAAUAUAAAUAAUCAAAUAUGAAUAUUCCGGCCAACGGGCCGGGUUAUAAGAACAAUAAUGAUACACAUCACCCCACCCACCGAACUCGAACAACCUCGUCUCGAGGUUCAAGCUAUGAACACAGUCCGCAACGAAGCCAUGGUAGCCCCCCCACUAACUUUGUUUUGCACUUCUUCCUCUUAUGACAUGGGAGAAUGGAUAAUAAGAGAUGGAGCUUGUGGAACACCACAUGAACUAAGAAGUUCACAUUCCACUAAUCACAUGAUUAUUAAGCACCAACAUCCUUUUCUCCACUUCAACAUCACCUGUAUCCUGUAAAAAAUUCCCUAACUUCCCAUCAAGCUCACCUCUACAAACCCCACAAACAACUCCUCUAAGGACAUGGAUAUAUCAAGGAUAAACGUAAGCUUCCUUCCACCAUCAUUAAAGUCAUUGUUGAUAUCGAACACAUAUAUCUAUUUCACAUUCUCAAUGUUGGCUUCUUCAUAAGACAUAAAAAAGAUCUUUAUACCCAUCGAAUCUCCUUCUCCUUCCAAGAUGAAUUUUAACAUAUUGACCUCUCCAUACAACUCGCUUUGAAGCCAACAACGACUACACACAAUUGAUGACCCAAUUCCACAAUUCCAAGACCCACCACAAAAUCCUCUUUAGCUUCUUGGAUAGAGUCCAUAGUUUUGCUGGCACCAUUGAACAUUCUUAAUCAAAAGGAACCCAACAAGUUUAAAUAGACAUCAUUCAUCACAUUUAUACAUGUCGGGUCUUGGCUAUGGUAAUGAUGAUAAUGUGGCUUCUUCAUAUACUUCCAAUUAACCAAAUACAAAUUGAGUCGGAUAAAUAACUACCAGUCCGACAUUCCAUUCGACAAGCUUAUUAUUCAUAUAGUCGAAUUUUGAGCUCACUCGAACCUCAGUCGUAAGCCUUGGUAGCUUCUUGCAUUGCCUCCACUUGUCAUUGGAAUGACUUAAAUCAUCCUCUUACUCACCAUCCUAACUUCUGAACUCACUUAGCUGACGCCAUGCAACAAGUAGUCGAACCACACGUUGAUUUUCAUUUCACCCAGUAUAUUGGAGAAUUGAUUUAGGAAGCAACAACAACAACAACAACCAAGUCUUCGAUGAACUUUGAAAAUGAGCUGCUGUUGAAUAGAAGAAAAGUAGAGAAAGAGGAAAGUUGCAUGGUUGGGUUUACACAUUUGACAAGGAACGACAUCAUUACACUUAUAUCCAGAAAUAUGGAUAAGAGUAAUUCAUCAUCUUUUUCGUUGCAGAAAACAUGUGAAACUUUAUCUAUACGACUAUACAUAAACAUAAUUGUCACACUUUAGUAUUGUAAUAGUUAAUCAUCCACAUGUAAACAUUGGAUCAGUUAGUUUACUGUAUUUUAGCUGAUUCUAAUCACUCCUCUCUACGUUCGACCUAUAUAUAUAUAUGGACAAUGAAAACCAGAAGGCUCGGAGUUGAGAAACCUUCCCCCAUAGACCCUACAAUACAUUUUCUUCUUGUGGUAUCAGAUCUUGGUUGCUUGUUAACUAGAUCUCAACUAAUUUUCUUUCCAAUUUUUGGUGUUGAUGGCCAGAUCUCAAAAUCCUAUGAGUUGGAUGAUUAUGGAAAUUUGAACCUGUCGCAUUAAACACAUUCCAUCCAUACCUCCACAUUACAACCUCUUAAACUAGUUGAUGGAGCUAGUUCUCAGCACCAAGCACAAGCUUCAGCUCGUUAAUGACGAAGAUGCAAUUUAGCAAUCUUGGUAUAUUUGUAUAAAAUUGUAUUAUGUUGGAUUUUCAACACACUAUCUGAUUGUAUUUGUAUAACAUUGCUCCGGCUAGGUUAUCAAGAAAAAAGUCUCAUUUUCAAAUCCAUGUAGGGUUUGAAUGACAAUUACCAAUAUGCAAGAACCCAAGUAUUGAUGACUGCUCAGCUACCCAACAUUGAGUCUGUUUUCAAACAGAUGGUGCAACUAGAAAGGAAAUUGAAGGAAAUCAUUAUUGGGAAGUCCGGAGUUCAUUCAUUGGCCCUAUGGGCACAUGAACAACAAUUUGGUGGCAAGUCUAGUUAGCCAGCAAGGAAUCAUUGGGAUUAUACCAAUGGAAAAAAAUUGUGUCUAUAUUGCAAUGUUGUCAUACCUAAACCGGAGCAUGACCCGAUAAUGUGAAUGACUCACACUUUAUUGGUCCAACCGGUGUUGGGUCAUUACAAAAUCGUUAGAGAACCGGUACCUUAUAAACAAUAUAUAUUAUCAUAAGUAGAAGACACAUAAAGUAAUAAUGUGUCAAUUUAAUGGCUAAAAUGAAAUUUACUUUGAAUG